AGGUAACUCUGCCCCAGACAGACCUCCCCCUCUUUCUCUCCUUUUCACCUUUUAAAUGUGUGAUUUGAUAAAAGCCUUUUGAUGAUGUAAAAAAAAAUUUGGACUUUCAGGAAUAAAACAACCAACAGCACAGUGAAAUAAUAAGAGAGUCUUGACCUUCCAAAGAACACUCACAUUCUGGUUGGAACAGGGAGGAACGUAGCAAAUGCACAUGUUCAACAUGAGAAGAGUUUCCAGGAAAGCAGGAUUUUUUUUUUUAAUUUUUUUUUUUUUUUUCAACUGGCAAGUCAAACUGAAAGUGCAACUGACUUCCAGAUGAGGGUGUGGUGCUUGAAGACAAAAUGCAAUGUGUCAGACCAUUUCAGAUCAUUUCACUGAAGCACAUCUCAAUUGCAGUACCUGCUACUAGUGCGCUGACAAAAGAAGCUUUGCCAUCGGCUGGGAUAUGAAUAACUCAACUGAUUACUGGAUUGAGGAUGAGGAGGAUGAGCUCAACUCUGUUAUAGAUUACAAUACAUAUGAGCUUCUCUGUGAAAAAAAUGAUGUGAGAAAUUUCAGUAAAUUAUUUCUCCCUGUGUUCUAUGCAUUGGCUUUCACUGUUGGAGUCGCUGGCAAUUCAUUAGUGGUCGCAAUUUAUGCCUAUUGCAAGAAACCGAAGACUAAGACGGAUGUGUACAUCAUGCAUCUAGCCAUUGCUGAUUUGCUCUUGCUCUUUACACUCCCUUUUUGGGCUGCAAAUGCAGUGCAGGGAUGGGAACUUGGAAACGCCAUGUGCAAGCUCACUUCUUCUCUGUACACCAUGAAUUUCAGCUCUAGCAUGCUGUUCUUGGCCUCUAUCAGUGUGGAUAGAUACAGGGCCACUUCUGAAUCCCAGGGUCAUAGAAGAACCAGUAAACACUGCAGUGUUACCUGCAUCUGUGUCUGGCUAUCUGCCAUUUUUCUCAGUAUCCCUGAACUGAUAUUUAAUCAAGUCAAGAAACACAAUGACAGGAAUGAAUGCCUUCCUGUAUUUCCAAUGAACAUGGAAACACUCUUAAAAGCAACCAUUCAAAUCCUGGAAAUUAUCCUGGAAUUUCUGCUUCCUUUCCUAGUAAUGCUGAUCUGCUAUUCAGCUACUGCUCGAGCAAUCUUUAGAUCUGCAAAUGCUAAAAAAACUAGACCUUUCAUGGUUCUGCUGGCAGUAGUGGCUACUUUCAUUAUUACCCAGCUACCGUACAACAUUGUUAAGUUCUGGCGAGCCAUUGAUAUCAUCUACAUGCUGAUUACUGACUGUGAUGUGAGUAAAACCAUAGACAUCACACUCCAGGUCACCAAGAGCAUAGCUUUGUUUCACACCUGCCUGAACCCUCUUCUCUACACCUUUCUGGGCGCCUCUUUUAAGACACAUAUUAUGAAAAUAGCAAAAAAUUAUGGAUACUGGAGAAGGCAACAACAGAACGGAAGACCUGAAGAAAUUUCUAUGAAUUAUGAAGACCAUACUGAAGAAACAAUUAGUUUCACCAUAUAGACUCUCCAUUACUUCCAUUAUCUUAUAUAACCAAGGGAAUUAUUUACUAAUUCUGAAGGUAUUGUUUCAGCAGCUGUUUGUCUGCAAGUCAACUUUCAGAUUAAUUUCUGAACCUGCAGACUAGCCAAGACACUACAGUGCAGUUCAAAGUGAACAUGUUGAUCAAAAUCAAGCAUCAGGCAAGAACUAAAUACUGAAAUUUCUAGAAACAACUAGAGAUACUUACUGGAAAAAAAAACCAAACCCAAACCUCCCAAAACGACAACAAAACCCAAACACCUACAACUCCCCAAGAUUUAAAUUUAAAAGGGUCACAGCACUAGGCAUGUAAAUAGCUGUGUAAUGAACAAUCUGCACAUGUCUAAACAUAUAAUUAAAACAGAAAAAGAAACCAUCAGCAAUAAAACAGCAGUAUAGGAACUUUUCUACCAAACGUUAAUAACCUUGUGUUUCUCCACCUAUUUUGUAAAACUUUAGAAUAUUUACCUAUAAAUCAGUUCCAUUUUUUUCCUCAGCUAUCAUUCUGUAAAUACACUUGCAGCUUGAAAUGAGGUAUCAGUUCAUGGCUGAGAACUUGGUGGGGGAGCCAUUCUUUAUGUGUUUCCACAUAUGUAUAGCAACAACAACAUCCUCCACAAAAAACAGUAACUCCUCUCUAACUACUAAAAAUAACCUUUCACCUCUCCUUUUCUGUUCACCCUAAACCUCAACAAGCCCAGUGCCCUAUGGGAGGCACAUUCUAGAUCUCUGUAAACAUAAUGUCAAAUGUAAAUGUUGAAGUAGUGCAGUCAAAGCAUUAGCAGAAAUGUAAGAAAAAGUUAAUCUUCAGAUACAGGGCCUGGAAUUUCUAGUCAGAAUUUGUAAAAUGAAUCAAACACUGCAAUAACUGUAUCUGCUAAAAUAUAUGGAGAUUCAAUAAAAUCAAAGAAUACAAAAAGU